AUGGCGUCCCCUGGUGGACCUUCCAAAGACAUGAAAUCCGAGUCGGCUGAGAAGUAUGAGAAUAAUGACACGUUAAAAUACUCUUUGCUAGGACCAUCUCUAACCAAAGCGGGUCAAGAUGCCGUUGAUCAGCGUAAGGUCUCUGAAAUCAUCUACGAAGCAUCUAAAGGUUCCAAAUUUUUCAACCAUGAGCAAGACCGCGAUCGAAACCUGACUAUUAAGAUUGAGCGUAUUCGCAAGGAAAGAUCUCAUCUUGAAACUUUGGAUCUCAGUCAUGACCUGCGACGGGCGGAUGAGUACCUGGCUGAGUUGGAAUCGACUCGAGAUCUUUCACAAUAUGUGGUUCAUGUCGAUUGUGACGCGUUCUUCGCCGCCGUCGAGGAAUUGGACCGGCCGGAAUUGAAAACGGUUCCCAUGGCCGUGGGCAAAGGUGUUUUAACCACUUGCAAUUACCUGGCUCGGAAAUUUGGCGUGCGUAGCGGAAUGGCGUCAUUUGUGGCUAAGAAGCUUUGCCCUCAACUCGUUCUUCUUCCAAUGAAUUACGAUAAAUAUACGGCGAAAGCCAAGGAGAUUCGCGCAAUUCUGGCACAGUACGAUCCUAUGUAUGAGAGCGCCAGCAUCGACGAGGCUUAUUUGAACAUCACUGCCUAUUGCGCUGAAAAUGAACUGGAUCCGGAGGAAACCGUCCAACGAAUGCGCGCUGAAAUUCUAGAGACCACCAAGGUGUCCGUGUCGGCUGGGAUUGCUGCAAAUGCAAAAAUUGCAAAAAUAUCGUCUAAUCGAAACAAACCCAACGGUCAGUUUCGGGUUCCGAACGAUCGGGCUGCGAUCAUGGAGUUCAUGCGAGUACUUCCCGUGCGCAAAGUGAAUGGAGUAGGCCGUGUCUUUGAACGAGAACUAGGCUCCAUUGGAAUCGAAACUUGCGGUGAUAUUUAUCCACAUCGUGGGCUCUUGACCAGAUUAUUUGGUGAAAAAGCAUUCCAGUUCCUUGCCCAGUGCUAUCUAGGUCUGGGCCGUACAAAAAUCCAGCCGGUCGAAACCUACGAGCGAAAAAGCGUGGGAACCGAGACGACAUUCCACGAAAUUGGGGACAAGGAGGAGAUUCGUGCCAAGUUGCAAUCAGUGUCUCAAGAACUGGAAGGGGAUCUAGCACGCACGCAGUUCAAAGGUCGAACAUUGGUUCUCAAAGUCAAACUACACACGUUUGAAGUCCUGACUCGUCAAAUAGCUCCGUCUCGGGCAGUCUCUCAGGCGAAAGAUCUGUACAAUUUCGCACUACCCAUGCUAGUCAAAUUGGAAAAGGAAAUCCCUGGCAUGAAGCUGCGAUUACUUGGUCUCCGUUGCACAAAUUUGGUCAGUACCAAGAAAGCUGGCAUCAACUUCUUCGGUGCUGCAGCUGUACUAGCCAGACCUAGCUCGACAGACACGCCGGACUCUAAUUCCCAUGAUAUUAGUGCGGAGGAGGCUUUUGAGACUGCUGCUCGACAAGAGAUCCAAGAUGAAAUGAAUGACUUGGAACAGCUCAGUCAGGAGGCAGCCGGAUCCGACACUGCGAAUGUGCCCGAUCUUGAUCCUCCGGCCCAAUGGAACUGUCCCAUAUGUGGUCGCGCUCAAGUAGCCGAUUACCGAAUCUUUAAUGAUCAUGUGGACUUCUGUCUCUCUCGACAGACCAUUCGUGAAGCCACUCAGGAUACCCCAGAUACGCAGGAAGAAUCCAUCCUAAGCCGGAAGCGCAAGUCAGCUCAGCCAUCUCCUUCUGAUGCUGACCCUCGGCAGAAACGUCUAUUCUUUCGCUGA